UCCCAGGGACGGCGUCGCCCGGCUCCGGCAAGUCCCUCCUCCGUCUCGGCAGUGCGGGCCGACACCCCCCCCUCCUCCUCCGCCCCAACCCGGCUGCAGCGUCCUCCGGCCGCAGCGGCGGUGUCCGCCGGCCCCGCGGCGCCCAUGGCGGCGGAGCCUCAGCCUAAGGCGCUGACUCGCAAGCCCCUCCUGCUCAACAAAGUGGAGGGCUCGCAGGACGUGGUGAACAUGGCAGCGAUCGUGCCCAAGGAGGAUGGGGUCAUCAGCGUCUCCGAGGACAGAACAGUUCGUGUCUGGCUGAAGAGAGACAGUGGGCAGUACUGGCCCAGCAUAUACCAUGCAAUGCCAUCUCCAUGUUCAUGCAUGUCUUUUAACCCGGAAACCAGAAGGCUGUCCAUAGGUCUAGACAAUGGUACAAUCUCAGAAUUCAUUUUAUCAGAAGAUUACAACAAGAUGACACUAGUGAAAAAUUACCAGGCUCAUCAAAGCAGGGUCAUGAUGAUUCUGUUUGUCCUGGAGAUGGAGUGGGUGUUAAGCACCGGACAAGACAAAAACUUCACGUGGCACUGUUCAGAGAGCGGCCAGCGGCUGGGAGGGUACCGCACCAGUGCGGGCGCAUGUGGUCUGCAAUUUGAUGUGGAAACCCGGCACGUGUUUGUUGGUGAUCAUUCUGGGCAAGUGACCAUACUCAAACUAGAGCAAGAGUCCUGCAGCCUGGUUACAACAUUUAAGGGACACACAGGUGGUGUCACUGCUCUCUGUUGGGACCCUAUACAGCGAGUUUUAUUCUCAGGCAGUUCUGAUCAUUCCAUUAUAAUGUGGGACAUUGGAGGAAGAAAAGGAACAGCCAUCGAGCUGCAAGGACAUAACGAUAAAGUUCAGUCUCUCUCCUACGCUCACCACACUCGGCAGCUCAUCUCCUGUGGUGCAGAUGGGGGAAUCGUCGUCUGGAACAUGGAUGUUGAGAGGCAGGAGACCCCUGAGUGGCUGGAUAGUGAUUCCUGUCAAAAAUGUGACCAGCCUUUCUUCUGGAACUUCAAGCAAAUGUGGGACAGUAAGAAAAUAGGCCUCAGGCAGCAUCACUGCCGGAAGUGUGGGAAGGCCGUGUGUGGCAAAUGCAGCUCCAAGCGCUCCUCCAUCCCGCUGAUGGGGUUCGAGUUCGAAGUGAGGGUCUGCGACAGCUGUCACGAGUCCAUUACGGAUGAGGAGCGGGCGCCCACGGCUACUUUCCAUGACAGUAAGCACAACAUCGUUCACGUACACUUUGAUGCCACCAGGGGAUGGCUGUUGACCUCGGGGACAGACAAGGUUAUUAAGCUGUGGGAUAUGACACCAGUAGUGUCUUGAUGGUACAUCAGUGGAACUUGUAAGGUGGUAUUUACAGACGAGACAGAUUUCCUAACCCUAAUCAUACUGCAGAAGAUAAAUAACGCUGGGCGCGGCCGGCAGGUGAGAAAGGAGCUAAUGCGUUUACAACGAUUUUACGUCCUCUGCUUGAUCAAGGCUGAACAUUUGCACGAAGACUCUUUCCACUUACUCUCAAAAUAUACAAGAAGGUAUUUUUUUAACUAACGGUUUGUACGAUCUGACUUUUGGUUGUCUCGAGUUUGUUUGGAAAAUCCGUAUGUGGUGCAAUUUUUAGUUUUUUUUUCUAUUUCACUGUGUCAAGAUACUUGCUGCUUUGUACAGAGGGUUCCUGGGUUGUGUCCUACCAUGUGAGUUUUCGGUAUCCACAUACUGUGUAAGGCAAUCGGCUCUCCCCACAGCGAGUACCUAGUGUUUUGGGGUGCUUCUGCUGACCAUGCUCUCUUCAGUGGAGGAACUCCAGGCGCGGCAUCGCAUAUUCUCCAGGUGGACCACCAAGGAGCUGAUGGACUAUUGCAAUUCCUAAAAGGGCUCUACCAUCUACUUGUCCUAGCGGACGUCAUCCGGAGAGCAUUUUAUUGGCUUGUGGUAGCUAAAAUCCAGCUUUCUGCCUCUUUCCUUGCUGCACAAGUUGCAAAACUAGGGGGGGAGGUUGCUUAGCAACUAAUUUCUACAAAAACUGAAAUAGUUUUCCAGCUCAGAGCAUUACAAGGAGCACACAGACCCGCUUGAGUUUGAUGAGGCUGACAGGCUGAUUCAAAUUAAAUUACUGGCAACAGGAACUUUUGGGAGUGUUUGCAGGGAGAAAGGGGCGGGGUGGGGGGGCGGUGGGCACAAAUCUAAAACUGAUCUAAGUCUGAAAAGUCUGGUUUACCUCUACCUCUACCUUGCGCAGCAACAUUUCAGCAUUUAUACCUGUCUGUGUUGUUGUAAGAUUAAUUUGAUUUUUCCAUUUUCCAUAUGGUUAGUCAUAUUUAUUUUUUCAAAUGCUGAUGGUUUUUAUUAAUUUCCUCUCUAGACCAGAAACUGAUAUUGCUGAAUGAUGCCCAUUGUCCUGUUGUCAUAUUUUAAGGUUUCUUUUAAAAAUAAAAAGUAUUUAAAAACC